CCAAUUUUGACAGAAGAAGUACCACGAACACGGAGUACUGCAGUCAUUGCAGCUAGAUCCACUUCAGGUUUUCGUGAAAUUGAUUGCUUCCUACUUGUGUGGCUUCACCACAUGCUCUAAUCGAGAGAUUACAUUGAUCUUUGCACAAAUCAAUAGAAUAGAAUCCAGCGAUGUGGAAGAAGUGCGAUUCAACUCUUUUAUCAUUCGGGUUGAUAUUAUUUUUCCACCAGAUCUCCCAGACCAAUGCGCUACUGAAACGAUGCUACCAGUGCAGAUCGCGAGGCGAGCUCGGCAGCUGCAAGGAUCCGUUCACGUUCAAUGCAACCCAGGCGGAGAACGAGCGUGGCGUGACAGCCGUGCCGUGCGCGUCCGGUUGGUGCGGAAAGGUGAUUGAAGGACAAGGAUCGUUCAGGGAAGAUGAUUACGAUAUGGCCACACAGCGGAUGUGCGUGCAGCGUGGUCCAUCGGAUUCGGAAGAUCGGUGCGCCUACACAGUGUACAACUACAAGAAAGUCUAUAUGUGCUUCUGCCAAGGAGAUCUGUGCAAUGGUGCAACAAAUGCACAAAUUUCGUUGAACUUUGUAAUGAUAGCGGCAACAUUGACCGGAAUGCUAUCAACGGUAAUAAGAUUUCAUUGAGGGUACCUAUCCGAGGCGAUGAUCAGAGUUGAACUGGAACCGUACUAACCCGAAUGCCGUCCAGAAGAGAUUGUAAAAUAUUCAUAUAUAUUUAUUUUAUAGUGCACUAGAAUUAUGCAAAUAUAAACAAUAAGUAUAUAAGAUUUUUGUGGAAUAUUGAAAUUUUUCAUGUGAUUUAGAAGCUAAAUGUAGAAUUCACAUAAAUGCAUAUUUUGUAUAUUCAUAUUAUCAAAUUUUAAAUAAAAAAUACUUUUUGAA